AUGGAUAACGAAGGGCUAGUCGAAGAAGAAAACCAUAUCAUUAAACAAAUCGUUAUUACCACAGAUAAUCUGACAACAAUGAACGACCAGAAUAAAUUUUCAGUUAACUUUUUCAUAUUACCUGCUUCGUCUGCUAAAGUUGAUGAUAUUGUUAGAGCUAACUUGUGGAAUAUCCAGAAAACAGAAGUUAAACCAGAUGGAACAAUACAAGACCUAAUCAAUUCCAUAAACAAUCAACAGAAAACUAAACAAGUAUUUUAUCCAAUUGUAAUGUUAAAUGAAAGAGUAUUAAGCGCACAUGCUAAACUUAGCUCAUAUUCAAAUGAAUUAUCAAGGAGUACGGUUUAUCUUUUUAUAAAAGAUGACAUUAAUAAUGAAACUUCAACUUCUGAACAAACCGGCCAUAAACAGUUGUCCAGAAAUCGAAUUGUACGUAAUAGAGUAACAGAUUCAGGAAUCACUAAUACGACUCACUCCGAAAAUCCAGCUAGCGAAUUGAAAAUAUUAUUAACAAAUACAUACCAACCAUUUGCUUACUAUAAAAAUGCUGAAAGUGCAGAUACUUUGUCCAACGUAUUUAUUCAUUUUAUUCCACAAAAACGAAAAGUGAGCACUGAAUCAGAUUCCCCAUCAUCUGACACAGCACCUGGUGCAAAUAAGUCAGCCGAAAAGAAAAUUUUACAUUUAGAAGAUAUACCGAUAAAUGAGCGAUUUUCUGAAAUAAAAACGAAAACAGUUCGUAUGCUCAAUUUAAACAAUUAUAAUUAUGAAGAUUACGAAUUAUUUUAUCAUGGACGGCUAUUGAACAGUAACAGUACAUUUAAAAAAAUGGAUAUCCAUACUAGUUGCAUAUUAACGUUUGUUCAGAAAAGUUUCUGUAGAGUUUUAGUGCUGGAUAAGAUAAAUACACCGAUGACAACUGACAGCUCUCAGGAGAAGUUAUCGCAUGCAGCAUUUAUUUAUUCGUUACGUUUACUAAUUUAUGCAAUUAUUUUUGAUUCAAAGUACGAUAAAAAUUUUCAGCGAUUUUUUACAUAUUGUGAUUAUAAUAAAUCAUUAACAUUAGGAAAACGAGAAUUGGAAAUUGGCCUUUUAACAUUGUUGAAGCUGAUUAAUAGUGGAAAGUUAUGUGAUAAUGAAAAUGACAAUGAAGAUGAAUACGUUGGUGAAAAUCCAGAAACAGACCGUUUAGCUUAUUAUGAUUUGUUAUCAACACCGUCCGACCAAGAAUGGAAAUUGCCUGAAUUUAAAUGUUUCUUUGCCGAUAUCUUAGUUGAACAUAUUUAUAUAUGUUCUUUAUCUCUAUUAUAUCAUUCUAAUUAUACACAAAAUAAUUCAUAUUAUCAAGUAAAUGUUUUAGAAGCAUAUUGGCCAUUUAUAUUAUUAAUUUAUUUUAUUGUAUAUUUCAGUGUUAUUUAUGCUACAGGCUUCAUACGACAAACUAAACUAAAUAAAACUUUACUUAAACGAACAUAUGAUAAGGCAAAAUUAAAAAUUUUAAACGAAUAUACUAAACCAGUAAAAUAUCAAAUUAAUAAACCAGUGAAUAAGGAAUAUUAUCCACCUCAUCUUGAAUUAACAUAUUAUAAAUUUGAACUAUGCCGUCAUUUUACAGAUCAUAAAAUUUUAUUUUCAUUUUCAAUAAUUAUCUUUCUAGUUAUAAUUUUAAUUCAUCCAUGUAUACCAUAUAUUUAUCGUCAUAUUAAUUUGAAUAGUACAAUAACAUCUCAACGUCCAUGUUUAUUGACCUAUGCUAAUUUAUUUGGUUCGUUAAAACGUUUAAUGUCACAAACAAAUUCAGAAAAGCAUAGAGAAUUAGAUUUAUAUAUUUAUUUUAAUUUGACAAAUCCUCAUAAUUUAGAAUAUUUUUUAUAUUUAUUAAAAACGUCCCAAUCAUCUGUUGAUGAGACCAAUAUAUCUAUAGCAACAAUUGGUUUUGCAUUAAUUAUUGAUGCUAUACUUAUAAUAGAAUCAAUAGUACGAGUUAUACUAUUUAAUGAAUAUGAUUUACUAACAAUAUUUUCAUUAAUUGAUAUUGUCAUAUUAUCUGUAUUAAUUCUUCUAUUUUUAACGAUUGUUGUUCGAAUAAGUGAUCAAUCAUUCAAGAUGUUCACUAGAAAAAAAUUAAAAAAAGAUGAUAUGACUGCAUUAUUAGUUCAUCGAAAUGGUUUGAAUUCUCUUAAAUAUAAGAGUAAUGUUACAACGACAACAGAUACUUCUUUUCAACAACCAGAACACACGGAUGAUAAUGAAAUGAUAAUAGCUCAGAAUUUAAAAGCUAAUAAUGCUUAUUUAUUAAGUGUAAUUGAACAUUUAGAAAGCUCAAAAGAUGAUUAUGCUGUCAAAAUAUUGAGUGUGGUUAUUGAUCAAGCUUUUUUGAUUAAAAUUCUUAUUUCAAUGUUAACUGGAAUCAUAUCCACAAUUACUUCACUAACAAAACGCUGA